AUGUUACAUUUGAAACGCGAAUCUUCUAUACCCGCGCCUGCGUCUCAUCCCCCGCCGCGCAGCACACCGCCGUUGCCUGCGCCGUCGCCGCCGUCGUCGGGCGAGUGCGUCCGCUCUGACGUAGCGCUAUUUACCGCUAGCUAUACAGCUGAUACUGAUAACGCAUUUCUAUGCAACGCGCCCGCGAAUAAACAAUGUACUAUUUUAUUAUCAACCGCUGAAGUCGUAGCUUAUAAUUGUAAAGGCGAACGGCUUAUUAUUCGCGCGCUUUUAGACUCCGCUUCGCAAAGUCACUUCAUUACGAAUGAAUGUUGUGAACGCUUAGGUAUUAAACCGCAGAAAACCGAACGUACUAUUAUUAAGGGGUUCGGUGGUUCAGAAAAAAUUAUAGAUAGUAAUUCCGUAAAUAUAAAAUUUUAUUCGCGUCUUGACAACAACAUAUCUUAUAAUAUUUCACCGCUAGUUGUUGAUCAUGUUACGGAUUUAUUACCUACCGCUGUUAUAGACACUUCUGUCUUAUCGCAUAUUUCGCAUUUACCGCUCGCAGAUGAGAGUUUUGGUACGCCAAAUAAAAUCGAUUUAUUAAUCGGUGCUUCUCUGUUCCCUCAUCUGCUUCUCCCCGACGGAGUUCAUGCAUCUCGUGACUCGUCGGCGCCCGCUGCAUUGCGCACGGUGUUAGGCUAUGUAAUAAUGGGUUCAGUACCCACCAUACCUAACAUACAUAAACCGCCCUUGACGUGUUGUCACGUUCAAGAGACCGCCGCUAUUGACUCAUUAGUCAGGCGUUUCUGGGAGCUCGAGGAGCUUCCUACCGCACCGCCCGUUCAACAUCCCGAUGAUGUUGAAUGUGAAGAAUAUUAUAAAUCAACUACAACCCGCGACCCCGUGAGUGGCAGAUAUAUUGUUUCGCUUCCAUUUAAGGAUGAUUUCUACACUCUCGGUGACUCAUUUAAUAUUGCCCGCAAGCGUUUCAUGUGCCUUGAAAGAAAGCUACAGGCUUCACCUAAAUUAAGGUUGGCAUAUGAUGACGUCAUAAAAGAUUAUCUAACGAAAAAUUAUAUUUCACCCGCGCCUCCGUAUGAUCCGCGUGACCCUACACCUAUUUAUAUUAUACCGCAUCACGCUGUUCUGCGCGAGGAUAAAUCGUCGACUAAGCUGCGCAUGGUUUUAAAUGCUAGCAUGCCAACUUCUGGAAGCCAGCGUUCGUUGAAUGACCUUCUGCAUGUUGGGCCGAAUUUACAAGGCAAUUUGUUUACAAUAAAUUUAGGUUUUCGUCUCCACGCGAUUGCCAUGACCGCCGAUUGCCGCCAACAAUUCCUGCAGAUUUUCGUGCGUGAGUUUGAUCGUCGUUUUCAAUGUUUUUUAUAUCGUUUCAGCCCGCAGGAUCAGCUACUUCUUUAUCAAUUUAAUCGAGUUUGCUUCGGCAUCAAGUCUAGUCCUUAUCAUGCACUGCGCACGGUAAGACAGCUCGUAGAAGAUGACGGCGCGAAAUAUCCGCUCGCGAGUAGCAUUGCGUCUUCCUCGUUGUAUAUGGAUGAUAUCGCCUUCUCUAUUCCCACGGAAUGUGAAGCAGUUUCCGCGUCGCAGCAGCUCAUCGAUUUGUUUAAGGGAGCUCAGUGGGAUCUAGUUAAAUGGAAUAGUAAUAGUAAAAAUGUGUUAGAUAAUCUUCCCGCUUCGCACAAACUUUUACCCUCCGCGGUGGAGUUUGAUAAGACCGUGCAACAUAAAUUACUUGGUCUGCAUUGGUCUACUAUUGAUGAUUGUUUUUAUUUUAAAAUUACCGCACCCGCCGAUGUGACGUGCAUUAAGCGCUCCAUCUUGUCAAUUGCCGCCCGUCUGUGGGACAUGAUGGGCUUCGUUGCUCCCACAGUCGUGUAUAACAUCCCAUCAGAUAAUUUCUACCAUAUUUCUGGUAUUGAAAAUCCCGCUGACUUUCUUUCGCGUGGCAUUACGCCACAAAAUCUUGUCUCGCACCCUCUGUGGUUCCAAGGACCCCAGUGGGCUCGUUCGGACCCAUCUGGAUGGCCUCUUAAGAGUCUCGAUGGUGAGUCUAUUGCAGACAUUCCCGAACGAAAAUUAUGCACGCACACUGUGUGCUCGCCUAUAAAGCAUUGCGCUUUAUACGAUACCGCCCUUCGCGUCUCGUCGCGUCGUGUAUUUUAUAUUUAUAGGUUCCUUAUACGGUCGUGGCCUGAACGGUCGUGGUUGUGA